AUGGCCUCAACUACUACCCCCGGCAUCCCGCCGGUCACUCUCGACACCAUCACCCAGCAGAUCGGUAACACCCCUCUCGUCCGAUUGAAUCGUCUGCCCCGCAGCCUCGGAAUCGAUGCGACGGUCUACGCCAAGUUGGAAUACUUCAACGCCGGUGGCAGUGUCAAGGAUCGCAUCGCCUUGCGCAUGAUCGAGGAGGCCGAGCGCUCUGGUCGUAUCAAGCCUGGUGACACCCUCAUUGAGCCCACCAGCGGCAACACUGGUAUUGGUCUGGCACUGGUUGGUGCUGUCAAGGGCUACAAGACCAUCAUCACACUCCCAGAGAAGAUGUCUGCCGAGAAGGUUGCAGUGCUCCGUGCCCUGAAUGCUACUAUCAUCCGAACCCCCAACGAAGCCGCAUAUGACUCCCCCGAAUCACACAUCGGUGUCGCCAGACGCCUCCAGAAGGAACUGCCCAAUGCGCAUAUCCUGGAUCAGUAUGAAAACGUGAACAACCCGCUGGCCCACGAGCUCGGAACCGCCGAGGAGAUUUGGACCCAGACCAACGGACAGAUCAAUGCUAUUGUGGCCGGUGCUGGAACCGGUGGUACUAUCACUGGUCUCGCCCGUGGUCUCCGCAAGCACAACCCCGAUAUCAAGGUGAUCGCUGCCGAUCCCUUCGGCUCUAUCCUGGCUCUUCCCUCUUCCCUGAACGAGGCUCGGGCCAACGAGCCUUAUAAGGUUGAGGGUAUCGGAUAUGAUUUCAUUCCCGACGUGCUCGACCGAGAGGCUGUGAACGAGUGGAUCAAGACUGAGGACCGCGAGUCUUUCAAAUACUCCCGCCGUCUGAUCGCCGAGGAAGGUCUGCUGGUUGGUGGCAGCAGUGGCAGUGCCGUUGCCGCUCUGGUCAAGGCCAACGAGGCCAAAAAGUUCUCCAAGGAUGACGUGGUCGUUGUGGUCCUUCCUGACAGCAUUAGAAGUUAUCUUUCCAAGUUCGCCGAUGAUGACUGGCUUGCGGCCAACGAUCUGCUGCCUUCCCUCCCGGCCGUUGCAUCAACAACCCAAACGCAAGAAGCCGAUGCCGACCCUCUGGCCAACGCCAAGGUCAGCGCUUUGCGUCUGAAGCCCAUCACUACCGUGACCGCCAGCUCUUCGUGCGAGACUGCCAUCGAGACCAUGCGCGAUCGCGGCUUCGACCAGCUCCCCGUUCUGGCCUCCUCUGGCCGCAAGCUCGUGGGUCUCGUCACACUGGGCAACGUCCUCAGCCGACUGACUCACGGCCGUGCCACUGGCACCAGCCCUGUCUCCGAGGUCAUGUUUGACUUCUCAAAGAUCUCUGAGGUGGUGACGGAUCCCCGCGAUCUGACCAAGAUGGGUUCCAAGCAGCCCCGCAGCCGUGGUUUCAUUGAAAUCACCAUGGAAACCCCACUCAGUGUUCUGAACCGCUUCUUCGAGUGGAACAGUGCUGCCGUGGUGACUGAAAAGGACGCCAGUGGCGCCAUGAAGCCCUUGGCUGUUGUGACCAAGGUGGACCUGCUCUCCUGGAUGCUCAACCAGGGCAAGGCCACCAAGGCCUAA